GCUGAGGGGGCAGUAUAUAUAACACAGAGCAGCCGGCUGCUCUCACAUCAUUUUAACAGCAGUGAGGCUUAUGAUGAGAGAACAGAGUUAUUCUACAACCAAGAAUUUUACGGCAACAUCAUCAUGAAGCUGUUUUGUCUAGUGCUGCUACUUGCUAGUUUCACUGCUGCUGUCCGUGUGGAAACCUCAAGUCAAGAAAGGCAGCCCACCCUGCCCACACAGGUCUUUACCAUGGAACCAAGCCCAACCGAGACAAAGUCACGCUUUGCCAUGCUGGAUGAUGUUCGACUACUUGCAAACGGCCUCCUUCAGCUUGGCCAGAGUUUACGGGAGUUUGUGCACAAGACCAAGGCCCAAAUCAACGAUAUCUUUCAGAAGCUUAACAUCUUCGACCGCUCUUUCUACCAGCUUUCAGUCGUCACUUCAGAGAUCAAGGAGGAAGAGGAGGAGCUGAAGAAAACCACCAAUUUCUUGAAGGCCAACAAUGAGGAGAUCAAGAACUUGUCACUGGAAAUCAACACUAAGAUCAACGGCAUCAUGCAGGAGCGCACACAGCUGCAGAGCAAGGUGGGGAGCCUCGAGGAGAGGCUGAAGGGACUGUCAGAGAGCAUUGUCCCCGCUGAACAACUCAGUGAAAUCACAACACUCAAGCAAGUGAUUGAAGCACAAGAGAAAACAAUCAACAAUCUACUGAAAGCUGUGCAAGAGCAGCACGAUCAACUCGACCACCAGAAAAACAAGAUCAAAAACCUGGAGGAAAAGCUAAGUGAUGACAUUUUUCAAGAUACAGUCAACAAGCCAAUGGAUUCAGACACUGCAGUUCCUGAUAUGUUUGAAUAUCUGACAGAAAAUGCAACUGGCCUAGAUACAAAAGACAUCCCCAUGGACUGCAGUGAGCUGUUUCACAAAGGCGAGACAAAGAGUGGAAUCCAUGUGAUCAAGCCAAACCAAUCAGAGCCAUUCAACGUUUACUGUGAAAUGGAUUCAGAUGGAGGUUCAACCGUCAUCCAGCAGAGGAUCGAUGGGUCAGUGGAUUUUGACCAGACAUGGGUGAAAUAUGAGAAAGGUUUUGGAGAUCUGGAAAAGGACUUCUGGCUGGGCUUAAAGAAGAUCCACAGUCUUGCACAGCAGGGAGCUUACAUCCUACGAGUAGAUAUGGAGGACUGGAAGGAGGAUAAGCACUGGGCUGAGUACCGUUUCUCAUUGGAGGGUCCCUCCAAGGACUACGCUCUUCAAGUCAGCAACUUUUCUGGUGACCUAGCUGAUGCCAUGGCCAACAUAACAGGCAUUAGAUUCUCCACCAAAGACAGAAAUAAUGAUAAAAACCGAAAUCCCAACUGCACUCGUAGUUACACAGGUGGUUGGUGGUUCAAUGGCUGCGGCGAGACUAAUCUUAAUGGACGAUAUUUGUGGCUGAGGACAAAAGGUCGCUCUUCAAGGAGAAGGGGCAUUCACUGGAGGCCUGGCAUGGGGUCUUCAUACUCCCUCAAGAUGACCAAGAUCAGCCUACGACCGGUCCUCUCACCUAAAACCCUCAACUGAAUACACAACUUGCAUCCUCUUUCACAACACUACAGGCGUCUUUAACAAACAGUAAUAAUAUCUAGUGUUCCACCAAAAGGUUUUAAUAGAAGGGUAAUGUGAAAUAAAUCAGACAUCAGAGAUA